GUGUUAGCAUGAUUCCAAGUACUUUGUUAGUGUUUAGCUACAUUUUGAUCUUGAUGGAGUUUAAAAAUUGAAAGAUGGUCCUAUUCAGUUGGCAGUUACCAAUUGGAAAUUCUGUUGUUUUGGAGUGAAGGUUGUUAGCAAGUAGUGUCAUGUCUAAUGUCUUACAUUUUGUCCAACACGAAAUGUGUCAUCUUGAUAGCAAAAGAAAACAACAUUUUCCUAAUUACUACCACCAGGUUGUGCCAAGUGCCUAAACCAUAAUUUUUUAUGUAGCUGCAUUUGACAAACAUUUUUGGGAGUGCUUAUCUGUUGCCUCAAUUUUACGAUAACAUAAUGCAUGCUUUGAAAUUAACAUCACUUUCAAACUCCUUGAGUGAUAUUAGUAGGAUUACCACCACAAAACAACUAGUGGUAAGAAUGGCUACUUCAGUUUCUCCACCAAUUCCCUCCCUCAAAUCGCGUCUUAGAAAGGGGGAUUGCCUGUAUGGUCUCUUCUUUGAUAGCUUCUCUCCGACUAUUGCUCAAAUUUCUGGCCAUGCCGGUUAUGAUUUUAUUGUCAUUGACAUGGAGCACGGCUUUGGUGGGAUAUCGGAGGCUCUCUCUUGCCUCAACGCCCUAGCUGCUUCUCAGACUCCAGCUAUCCUCAGAUUGCCCGAGUGCUCUGCCAUGUGGGCUAAGAAGGCCCUUGAUUUGGGUCCACAAGGGCUCAUGUUCCCCAUGAUUCACACCCCAGAGCUGGCCAAAGAGGCCGUCUCUUACUGUCGCUAUCCACAGGCUGGUAUCCGGGGGGUGGCACAUCCCAUCACUCGAGCUUCCAAGUAUGGUCUUGACCCAACAUACCUGGACUGGUGCGAAGAGGAGCUGCUCAUCAUGUGCCAGGUUGAGUCAGAGGAGGCUGUGCAUAAGAUCCAGGAGAUCACAGCCGUUGAUGGUCUGGAUUGCAUCAUGCUUGGGCCAACUGAUCUGAGUGCUAACAUGGGUUACAUUCGAGACCCUGGUAACGAAAAUGCUGUGAAGAUGGUUCAGACAGUGGAGAAUGCAGUGUUAGGCAUGAAGCCUAAAGGUGACAAAAGGGUUUAUCUAGCUGGGUUUGCCAUGCCGCAUGAUGAACAUAGUGAGCUCAAGAAGCGUGGGUAUCAUAUGGUUUGUGGCGCGGUUGAUAUUGUACUCUAUAGGGACGCUGCUGUAAAAGAUGUACUCAAGUUCAAAACUACAGUCUAGGUGAAUAUUAAUCCGAGCAUGUGCUGUAAUACAGUAAUAGCUACUCGUAAUAAUAAAAAUAAUGAUAUACCAGGAAGCCUUUGCUCAAUUAGAGUAGGUACCUGAUUGUAUGCUUUUUUUUUUUUUUUUUUGACAAAGACUGAGUUGUAUGCUUUAGUGAACCAAUUAUGCAGUUGUUACUUUUAUUCAUUGAAAUUAUGUAAAAAUAAUUGCAGUACUGUGUUAUCUAAAAGUUUUACUCCC